AUGUCGUACGGAUAUCCUGGACAAGGCUACGGCCCCGGUGGUGGGGGACAACACCACCAACCUCCUCCUCCUCAGUGGGAUGGCCAGCAGCAACAACACCACCAGCAAGGAGGUUAUGGCUAUUCAAAUCCGGGACAGGGCCAGUACAACCCUCAGCCUCCUCACGACCAGGGCUACGGAGGGUAUCACCAACAACCUCCUCAGCACCAUCAGCAAGGCGGCUACAACCAAGGGCAGUAUCCCCCACAGGGCGGAUAUGAGGGACAACACCACCAGCAAUACCCCCCACAGCAACAUCACCAACAGGGACACUCCCAACGCCCCUCUGGUCCUCCUCCCGAUGGCUAUGAUAUCUACGGCUACCCAAUCGGUUCUGGUCACCAGGCUCGUGACCAGGGACAGCACCGCUCCCAGGAGAUUCACGAGAUUCCUUCGGGCACACAGCAGUUUGGCCAUGGUGCUCCUGAAGACUAUAAGUUCCAGUACUCCAAUUGCUCAGGUCGUCGCAAGGCAUUGCUGAUUGGCAUCAACUACUUCGGCCAGGACGGCGAGUUGCGCGGCUGCAUCAACGACACUAAGAACGUCUCCGCCUUCCUCGUCGAGAACUAUGGCUAUAAGCGCGAGGAUAUGGUCAUCCUCACCGAUGACGCCACGAACCCCCUCUUGCAGCCCACAAAGGAGAACAUCCUCCGUGCCAUGCAGUGGCUAGUCGCUGGUGCUCAGCCCAACGACGCCUUGUUCUUACAUUACUCCGGCCACGGUGGGCAGACUGAAGAUACCGAUGGCGAUGAGGAAGACGGCUUUGAUGAGGUCAUCUACCCCAUCGACUUCAAGACCGCCGGUCACAUCGUCGACGAUGAGAUUCACUAUACUGUCGUGAAGCCCCUCCAAGCUGGUGUGCGCUUGACUUGCAUCUUCGAUAGCUGUCACUCCGGCUCCGUUAUGGAUCUGCCCUAUAUUUACAGCACCAAGGGCGUGGUCAAGGAGCCCAACCUUGCCAAGGAGGCUGGUCAAGGUCUGCUUGCCGCUGUUGGUUCCUAUGCUCGUGGCGAUAUUGGAGGCAUGGCUAGCAGCCUGUUCUCCGUCGCCAAGACAGCAUUUGGCGGCGGAAAUGAGGCCUAUGAGCACACCAAGCGGACAAAGACAUCGCCUGCCGAUGUUAUCAUGUGGAGUGGAAGCAAGGACGACCAAACUUCAGCCGACGCGACCAUUGCAUCCCAGGCCACGGGUGCCAUGUCCUGGGCCUUCAUCUCUGCCAUCAAGGCGAACCCCAAGCAGAGCUACGUGCAGUUGCUCAACAGCGUCCGCGACGUGCUGGAGACUAAGUAUACGCAGAAGCCUCAGCUCUCCAGCAGUCACCCAAUCGAUGUCGACAUGCUCUUCGUCAUGUGA